UUGACAGACAGUGUCACGGCGAUAGAAAAUGGAUAAAUAUGAAGUUAUUGGAACCCUAGGAGAGGGUUCUUUUGGAAGAGUUUACAAAGCGAAACAAGUGUCUGAUAGUAGCCUUGUGGCUCUUAAAGUGAUUAGUAAAAGAGGACGCUCCUCUAAAGAGCUGAAAGGUUUCCGUAGAGAAUGUGAAAUUCAGAGAGAUUUACAUCACCCAAACAUAAUUCAGAUGUUAGAUUCCUUUGAAACAGAAAACGAGAUUGUUGUUAUAACUGAAUUUGCUCAUAAAGAACUAACUGCAGUGUUGGGGAAGGAAGGUUACUUAUCGGAGGAACGUGUCCAACCAAUCGUUUGGGAUUUGGUUUCAGCUUUGUGUUAUUUACAUUCUAACCGAGUUCUUCACAGAGAUCUAAAACCACAAAAUAUCUUAUUAGACAUUAAAAAUCGUGCAAAAUUAUGUGACUUUGGCUUUGCAAGGAAUAUGAGUACAGGAACUCAUGUCUUAACUUCAAUAAAAGGUACUCCUUUAUAUAUGGCUCCAGAACUUAUAGACGAACAGCCCUAUGACUAUAAUGCAGACUUGUGGUCUCUCGGCUGCAUCAUAUAUGAACUUCUAAUGGGCACUCCACCAUUCUGUACUGCUUCUAUACUGCAUUUAAUACGUCUUAUUAGGCAUGAACAAAUUCAGUGGCCGACAUUUUUAUCUGACAACUGUACUUCAUUUUUAAAGGGGUUGCUUCAGAAAAAUCCGACAAAAAGGAUGACGUGGGAUGAAAUUCUUUGUCAUCCGUUCGUGAAAGGUCAUGUAACUUUAUCAAAGAAUACAACUUCUAUGCCUCUUACUAGACCAUUGUCGGCAAAUACUUUACAACUGAAAGAACAGCAGAGGAAAGACAGCAUUAAAAGUAAACAUAAUAAAGCUGCAUCUUCGAAAAGUAAUGAAUGCAAUGAAUAUGCUCCUGAACAAAAAAAGUCCAGUGCAUCAAAAAAUAGUAAAACAUCCUCUCAACACUCAAAUAAUAGCACAAAAAGAUCGAAUAGCCAGGACAUUAAAAAUAACAAUGUGGAAGAACAUCUGCAAAAUUUAUCAUUAGAAAAUAAAAAUAAAGGAUUUUCUUCAUGGGAAACAAAUAAAUUGGACUAUUCAGAGCAAAAGAAGUCAGGUGAAAGGAAAAACCUUAACAAAAAUGAGACAUAUAAAGACUCAAAGGCAAACAUUGAUCAUGUGAAGCAAAACUGUUCAGAAAAGGAAACCGGAGAGAAAAGUAAAAUGAAUAAAUGUUUCAUUGAAAAAUUGAAUUUUAUUGAAGACAAUCAACCGAUAGAAACUGACGAGUGGAUUGUUUUCCUACAAAGAACAAUACAAGAGGUAAUAAAUGGUGAAAUGGGCACACUCAUACAGCCAAGUCAAACAAACAUCAUUGUUUCGCCCUUAAGAAACUCAAAUGCAAAUUCGAAAGUACUGACAUUUGUGGCACGGUUGUUGUCUAUACCUUUUGUUAUUAAAGGAACUACAGAGGACACUCUGACUCAAAUAAAAAAGGUGUACCUGGAUGUAAAAUUAGUACCCAACUUAGUGUAUGCUUCCAAAUUACUUCUUCGGGAAUAUAGAGAACAUACUCCCUCUGAAGCUUCGUCUCCUGGAAAUUCUCCACUGCCUUCUACUGCAGAAAGUUACAGAGGCAUUUCAGAGUUAUGUACGGAGGAUUUCCAAGCACUUGAAUACAUGUUCUUGCUAAUUUCACAUCUAGUUCACUUGGACGAUCAUUUUAUGAUGCAAUUUUGCGAUGCGGUUGUAGUAUUGACUUCCUAUGUGUUGAUGAAAUUAAUGUUGCUUUUGUCAAAGAGGAGACUGAGAAUUGUUUUAGACGUAAUGGCCAUAUUGACCCAUUUGUUGAGACAGUGUCCUGAAAACGGAGAAAUCAUCGAAAAGAUCCUGUUAAAAGAAUCCAACAACCCAGACGUUAAGCAAAUAAAUUUCGUUGAUUUGCUGAGGCAUUCGAAUUCAAUUUUAAGAGAGAGAUCAAGUUAUUUUCUGCUGUUUAUAGGCAAAUGUUUGCCAGAGAGUACUAUGAGAGUUUUUUGGAGUGAUGUUUUGAGGGAUACGUUGGAGGCUUUGAUGUAUGAUUCAAUAGAGACUGUUCGUAAUGCAGCUGAAGUGGCUGUGUCCGAGUUAAAAAGUAAAGACUAUUACAUUGUCGUCAAAUAAAUGUUCUUUUGAAAUGUGUUAUAAUUAUAUAUAAAUGAGUGGCUCUAGAUUAUCAGAGGAUAUUAAGACUGGGAAUAUUAAAUUUCCUCUAUUAAGUGAUUUGACAUAAAUAGUAUCCUAGUACUAAAAUUUGUGUUCAAUUUGAAAUCGAUGUCCUAAAUAUCGUUAUAUUAGAUUCUGCAUAAAUGUUUACAAAAACGCGUGACCACCAAGCUUAGGCAACCAAUUAUUAGUUAAAACCCCUAAAUCUUAGUAAUCCAUGACUCGUUUACAGUGAACAAUGACAAACCGUUGCGACUAUGCUCUAGAUCUAGAUAAUGCGAUGGCUGAAUGGUUGAAUAGAAUUUCGUGAUAAAAUUCCACCAAUCAUGGCGAGCGAAAGAAAAUGUAUUUUAUUAUAACCUUUAUUUUAUUUUAAUAAUUAUAGAAAUUUUAUAUAAAUUUAAUAGCUAACGUGAAGGAAAUAAAAUUACUAUUCCAAAGAAAAAGUACUGGUUACGUAGUUACGUAGCUUGUAAUC